AGAACCGAGCGGCCGCUAAAUCCCAACACCCUGCAGCCAGAACUUCUUCCUGGCUCAUUCAUAGCAACAUUCCAGGGAUUUUGCAGCAUUCCUGGUGUUCUGAGUCUGGCCUGUGUUUGGUGGCAGGAGUUGAAGCUGGGCUCGCACGCCGAGGCGCUGUCCUUCACCUCGCUGGUCGAUGGCUACUUCAGGCUCACGGCGGACGCCCACCACUACCUGUGCACGGAUGUGGCUCCUCCCCUCAUCCAGCACAACAUCAAAAACGGCUGCCACGGGCCCAUCUGCACGGAAUAUGCCAUCAACAAGCUGAGGCAGGAGGGGAACGAGGUGGGGAUGUACGUGCUGAGGUGGAGCUGCACCAACUUCAACCACAUCCUCAUGACUGUGACGUGCUUGGAAGGCUCAGAGGUGAUGAAUAACUCAGGCCCCUACAAGAACUUCCAGAUCGAGGUGAAGAAAGGGGGGUACUUCCUCCAUGGCUCCAACAAAUCCUUUGCAUCCUUGAAAGACCUCAUGGAUCACCUGAAGGGACAAAUCCUCCGCACAGACAACAUCAGCUUCACCCUCAAGAGGUGCUGCCAGCCCAGACCCAGAGAAAUCUCCAACUUGCUGGUGGCAACCAAGAAGGCUCAGGAGUGGCAGCCGGUGUAUCCCAUGGGACAGCUGAGCUUCCACCGCAUCCGCAAGGAGGAGAUCGUGCAGGGAGAACACCUGGGAAGAGGGACCAGAACCCAGAUUUACUCAGGGAUGCUCAGCCUCAAGGAUGACGAGAACGAAGGCUAUCAGAAUGAGAAAGAGAUCCGAGUCCUGCUCAAAGUCCUGGACCCCAGCCACAGAGACAUCUCCUUGGCAUUCUUUGAGACAGCCAGCAUGAUGAGACAGGUGUCCCACAAGCACAUGGUGCUCCUGCACGGCGUCUGCGUCCGCGACGUGGAGAAUAUCAUGGUGGAGGAGUUUGUUGAGUGUGGGCCUCUGGAUCUGUUCAUGCACAAGAAAAGUGAACUUCUCACAACCCCAUGGAAAUUCAAAGUGGCCAAACAACUUGCAAGUGCCCUGAGCUACCUGGAGGACAAGGAUUUGGUGCACGGCAAUGUGUGCACCAAGAACAUCCUGCUGGCCAGGGAGGGCAUUGAUAGCGAAUAUGGGCCUUUCAUAAAGCUGAGUGACCCAGGAAUCCCCAUCACGGUGCUGUCCAGGCAAGAGCGCGUUGAGCGGAUCCCCUGGAUUGCACCUGAGUGUGUUGAAGACUCCAUAAACCUCAGCAUUGCUGCAGAUAAGUGGAGUUUUGGUACAACCCUGUGGGAAAUCUGCUAUAAUGGAGAAACUCCACUCAAAGACAAGACCUUAGCAGAGAAGGAGAGGUUCUACGAGGGGCACUUUGUGCUGGCCACGCCGUCCUGCAAGGAACUGGCAGACCUGAUGAAGCAGUGCAUGAACUACGACCCCCACCAGAGACCCUUCUUCAGGGCCAUCAUGAGGGACAUCAACAAACUGGAGGAGCAGAAUCCAGAUAUUGUCUCAGAGAAGAAACCCGUCACCGAGGUGGAUCCCACUCUCUUUGAGAAGAGGUUCUUGAAAAGCCGGGAUUUGGGUGAGGUAAGAGGAAUGUCACCCCCAGAACACAGCCAGCGCUCCUGGGUGUCCCCACAGCCACCCAGAUCAGUGCCUGGGUGUCCCCAAAGCCACCCAAAUCAGUGCCUGGGUGUCCCCAAAACCACCCAGAUCAGUGUCUGGGUGUCCCCACAGCCUGUGCUGUGUCACACAAACACCCAAAUCAGUGCCUGGGUGUCACUGCCUGAGCCUUGUCCUCAAGGAUGCUCCUUUCUCUCCCACCCAGAAAUCGAAAUCCUGAGGAAUCUUUAUCACGACAACAUUGUCAAAUACAAGGGGAUUUGCACAGAAGAUGGAGGAAGUGGGAUUAAACUCAUCAUGGAAUUCCUUCCCUCUGGGAGCCUGAAGGAGUAUCUCCCACGGAACAAGAACAAGAUUAAUCUCAAGCAGCUGCUCAGAUACGCAGUUCAGAUCUGCAAGGGCAUGGACUACCUGGGCUCCUGUCAGUACGUGCACCGUGACCUGGCAGCGAGGAAUGUCCUCGUGGAGAGUGAGAACAGGGUGAAGAUCGGGGACUUUGGGCUCACCAAGGCCAUCGAGACGGAUAAGGAAUAUUACACCGUCAAGGACGACCGCGACAGCCCCGUCUUCUGGUACGCCCCGGAGUGUUUGCUGCAGAGCAAGUUCUACAUCGCCUCCGACGUCUGGUCCUUCGGGGUGACGCUCUACGAGCUCCUCACCUACUGUGACUCCGAGUCCAGCCCCAUGGCAGAAUUCCUGAAGAUGAUCGGCCCCACACAGGGACAGAUGACGGUGGCACGGCUUGUGAGGGUCCUGCAGGACGACAAACGGCUGCCACGGCCACCCACCUGCCCUGAGGAGGUGGAUCAGCUGAUGAGGAAGUGCUGGAUUUACAAACACGAUGAACGCACCACCUUCCACAACCUGAUCCAAGGAUUUGAAACAAUUAUGAGUAAAAUGUAAUUAAUUUUUUUUUAUUAUUCUGUCAGGACUUUAAGUGCCCAGCAAUCUGUGCCCAAGGCUAUUCCUUUUUUAUAAUUUUUUUUUUUAUUCCUGUAAUUUGUACUUUGGCUGGGCUGGAUGUGGUUCUAAAGGAUUCUUUUGCCAACAGAUUGAAGAGUUGGAUUAAAAGAAUUUAAGAGGUUUGGGUAAAAUGAGCUCCAGCUCCCUUUGCUGCUGUUGUUGCAGGGCAGUUUUAUCCUGCUCUGAUUCUGGCUGUGCCACAAUUGGAAUUGCCCUGAUGGAUGAUAUGAGCUGGGAAAUGUGAGCGUUUCUCAGCUCUGACCUCAGCCAGUGGAUGUAACAGGGCUCAAUUAAUAAUUCUAAAGUCAGCUGACAAAAUAUCCUUCACAUGAACUUAAAUCCUAGUACCAAACAAAACAACUCUGGCAUAAAAAUAUAGGGGAGACAAAAAUUUUCAGCUCUUUUUAACCCACCAGGCCCUAGUCGUGAGCUCUUACAGGUAUUUAGAAACAAAUGUUUGAAAACACCACCCCCAGAAGCGAGGAGGGGUGGGCACAGUUGUGCAUUUCAGUGAGAACCCCAAUUUUGGGAUAAAUAAUUGGCUUUUCCUAACUCCAGCCCCAUAUUCUUCCCCCUGGAGCUCCCAGACUGGGUGCAGCCCUGGAAGGGGUGAAUGUGCAUCCCUGGUGCUGAGGGAUGUGCAGGGAAGGGAUUGAUGGAGAUGGGGAAGAACCCAGUCCAUGGCCAGAAUCCCAGAUAAUCCCAGAUUAUCCAAAAGGAAAAAAAAAAGGCCUGAGCACCCAGGGGUGUCCUAGGCAAGGGGAACCCCUCCAACAAAGUUUUUAAACAUUUUCACUCAGCCCUUGAAUGGUUUAACUGGAACCUUCUGCUGCCACCAUUUUUCCUUCCACAUCUGGAGUUGGAAAACGCUCUGAAGAGAUCCUCAAGUUUUGGCAAUAAUAGAAAGAGGUCUAUAUAUAUAUAUAUAUAAAUAUAUAUAAAAAAUUGUAAUUAUGAGCUCCAAGGAGGUCAGAUUUAUUUUUACAGUGUUAUUGUUUCUGUAUGUCACUUAGGAAGCUGAAUUUAAUCUGUAAGCACUUUGUUACUCUUUAUACAAACAAGUCUAAUAAAGAUUUUUUUUUUUUUU